UUUGCAGCAAUCGCCAACAAUCACCAAAUCGAAUCGUCUGACACAGCAACACAACCAACCAAGACGACGAAGCAAGCCCUCAUCCCCUCAUCCAUCCAUCCGCCAAAGUCAUGGCGUUUGCACAUCGCUCCCCGAGCACGAAGCGCAUCCUGCGCGAAGUGAAGGAACUGGCAAAGCCCACCUAUGACUACGUUGCGUACCCCCUUGAGGACAACUUGUUUGAGUGGCACUUCACGAUUCGCGGUCCAGAGGGCACCGAAUUUGAAGGAGGCAUCUACCAUGGCGUGAUUCGUCUACCACCAGAGUAUCCACUCAAGCCUCCGGCCAUCCUCUUUCUCACACCAAAUGGCAGAUUCAAGGUCAAUGAUCGGGUGUGCUUGAGCAUCUCAGACUACCAUCCAGAAACAUGGCAGCCAGCGUGGACAAUCCGGACAGUGUUGGUGGCGCUGAUUGCUUUCCUGCCGACGCCAGGUCGUGGCGCUGUUGGCUCCAUCGACUGCGCGCCCGCGGAGCGACGAAAGCUUGCGCGACAGUCUGUCAAGUGGACGUGUUCAGAGUGCGGGCACACGCCCAGUCAUGACUUGGAGCGGGAACGCAAACACAGGAGCGCCGAUGAUGAAGAAGCAAACCGCGUCGCUUCACAGCUCUUGGCAGCGGAAGCCAAGGAGGCAGAUCAGAAGAAGAAAGAGGGCCGACAGGAAGGCGGAGAGAAGAGCAACCAAGAAGACACAGCAAGCACUACUCUGACGACUACAGCUGCAACAGCAGCAGCAUCUGAGAGUCAGAGCGCAAGUGACAGCACACCGUCUUCCUCAUCUUCAGCAGCUGCAGCCAGGUCACCGGCAACAACGUCGGCACGCAGACGAGCUGGGACUGGUGACGGCGGUGCUGAGCAGCAGCACACACAGGCAGCGGCCACAACAGAGGCAUCAACACCAGAAACAGCAGCAGCAACAGCGCCGAGCAGCUCGCGUCGUAAAGGCGGGCAGCGGCGGAGUCGCACGUCAUCGGCGCAGACGGCUGCACGGCCCUUGCCGCCACCAGACACGCGGUCCUACGAUAUCAUCAUCGCAGGCAUCCUGAUUGCAAUACUCGCCCUCCUCGCACAGCAGUGGCUGUCAUCCUAGCUGAGCAGACACAUGAUGAUUGAUGCAUGUGCGCACGCGCGUGUGCUCGUGUCAAUUCUUGUUGUUACAACAAUCUGUCAAGUCAUUUGGGUGAUGUGACAACAGCACGUCUUGUUUCUCCCCCACACCAGCCGGAAAUUCGCCUGGCAGCACCAACACACACCCAUCACACACACCCAUCACAUACACAAUCUGAGGAGGGUUUAUUGCACACGGACCGACAAACAGAAACACCCUACGGCAAG